AUGAGCGCAAAUUCUAUCACUGUCAUCUUUUCACCCUAUCAUGUUGGCCUUCGUGAUCACCGUGUCGGUGACGGCCCGAACCGCAUUCGAGCAAUGGGUGUCAUCGAAGAAUUGAAAAAGCUCGGCGUAACUAUACACGUUGUUGAGCUGCCACCGGUUGAUGAUUUUGAAGGGGAGAUAGGUCGCAGCUUUGAGUUACUCCGGCGGACGUCUAAGGUGGUGUCAGAUGUGUGCGCCAAUCGUUCCUUUCCUCUUGUUUUAUCGGGAAACUGUAUGGCAAGCGCUGGAGUUGCUUGUGGGCUGGGCCUCAAGGAUCUUGGCUGGAUCUACUUUGAUGCGCACGACGAUAUGGACACACCAUCAACGAACAUGAACGGAUACUUGGAUGCGAUGGGCCUGUCAAUGCUAGGUGGGAAAAGCUUCCAUCGGUUGGCAAAUACUAUUCCUGGAUACACUCCGCACAAGUACGACAAGAUGAUCUACUGCGGCCUUCGCGAUAUCGAGGAUAGUCAGAAGGAGACUGUGCGAGAGGCUGGAGCGGAGGUCAUCUGGGGAGAACCAGGCAAACACGUGGACUUUGCGAGUAGGCUCACGGAAGCUCUGAGUGCAAAGGACUAUUCGCCCGCUUUGGUCCAUCUUGACCUUGAUGUUUUGGAUGAAAGCAUCGGGAAGGUCAAUGGUUAUGAGAGCCCAGGAGGUUUGCAAGAGGAUGACUUGAUAAAGUGUAUGGAUCUCGUCCCGCAGAAAGCUACCCCAAAAUCCCUCACAGUCUGUUCAUUCAAUCCCAACUUGGGAGAUGGCGAUAAAGUCGCUACCAUUGGUGUAAAGGCCAUCGUCGCCUUUGUCAAGUCGCUCCUCAAAUCCGAGGCUUUGGUUAGGGAAUAG